AUGGCCUCUCAAAGUUUGUCUCUCCAGGCCGAGGAGGGAGUUCACGACUACGAGAACCCCUCCGUCUUCAGGCGCAACACCCUUCCUCCGCGCGCAUACUUCAUCCCAGAGACGUCCAUCCUUCUCAAUGGCGUUUGGGACUUCCACAUGGCCGGCACUCCCGAGGAAGCACCUUUGCCAGAAGACAAGGAGGACGAAUGGGGCACCAUCAACGUCCCUGGCCAUUGGCAGCUUCAGGGACACGGCUUUCCGUGGUAUACCAACACACAAUUCCCUAUCCCAGUGAACCCACCAUACGUUCCCAGCGAGAACCCUACGGGCACCUACAGACGAACAUUCCACGUCCCUUCCACGUGGGAUGAGAAGUCGCAAUUGCGCCUCAGAUUCGAUGGCGUUGACUCCGGAUACCACAUCUGGGUCAAUGGCACGCUCAUUGGCUUCGCUCAGGGCUCGCGAAACGCGUCCGAGUUUGACGUCACAAGCAUCCUCAAGAGGGAUGGACCCAAUGAGCUGUUUGUGAGAGUGUACCAGUGGUCCGAUGCAACUUACAUCGAAGACCAAGAUCAAUGGUGGCUUUCGGGUAUCUUCCGCGAUGUCACUCUCCUCGCCGUACCCGAGCAAACAAGAAUCGAGGACUGGUUCCUCCGCACUGAUCUCGACGAGAAGUACGAAGACGCGACUCUCCUGGCGACGGUCGACGUCAAGACCGCCGAGAAGAGCACCGUCAAGCUCACUCUCAGCGAGCUAGGCAAGAACGGCGGUGCCGUCAUUGCGACCAAGGAGGCAGAGGUCACUGCCGACAACACCAAGGUUGACAUCAGCAUCCCCGUUACCAACCCCAAGAAGUGGACUGCCGAGACCCCUUACCUCUAUCGGGUUGACAUCACCCUGGGCUCCCAUGCUGUCUACCAAAACAUUGGUUUCCGCAAAGUUGAGCUCAAGAACGGUCUGAUUUCCGUCAACGGUACCCCAAUCCGCAUCAGAGGUGUCAACAGGCACGAACACCACAACAAGUUUGGCCGCGCCGUGCCCAUCGAGUACGCCAAGCGCGACCUGCUCAUUAUGAAGAACCACAACAUCAACUCUCUGCGAUGCUCGCACUACCCGCCCGACCCCCGAGUCUUCCAGCUUGCGGACGAACUCGGCUUGUGGGUCAUGGACGAGGCCGAUCUCGAGUGCCACGGCUUCUACGAUGCUGUUGCACGCCCUCAGGAUGUCGACGAGGCGUCAGACUACGAGGCGCGCAAGGCCAUUACCUUCCCCCUUGCUGGGAAGUACACCAGCGAGAACCCUGAGUGGCGUGAGGCCUACCUCGACCGCAUGGUUCAGCUGGUUCAGCGCGACAAGAACCACACCAGUAUCAUCAUGUGGUCGCUUGGUAACGAAGCCUUCUACGGUGAGAACCACAAAGCCAUGUACGAGUACGCCAAGAACUUCGACUCUGGUCGCCCGGUCCACUACGAAGGCGAUGUCAAGGCCGAGACUGCCGAUAUGUACUCUUACAUGUACCCUCCCAUCGACCGCCUCACCAAGCUGGUUGAGACUGAGGGUGUAAAGGAGGACGGCAGCUACGAGAAGCCUGUUGUUCUCUGCGAGUACGGUCACGCCAUGGGCAACGGUCCUGGUGGUCUCGAUGACUACAUUGAGGUCUUUGAGAAGUUCCCUCGUCUUCAGGGUGGCUACAUCUGGGAGUGGGCGAACCACGGUAUCUGGAAGGAGGAUGCCGAUGGCAAGGGCUACUAUGCCUACGGAGGAGACUUUGGCGAGCGUCCCCACGACGGCACCUUUGUCAUGGAUGGUCUUCUUCAUAGUACCCACGACCCUACUCCCGGUUUGAUCGAGCUGAAGAAGGCCUACCAGCCCCUUCAGCUGUCAGUUGAGGGCAACCAGCUUGUCAUCAAGAACAAGUACGACUUUGUUGGCGUUGACCACCUUUCCUCCACCUACAAGGUCGAGGAACUCGGCGAAAACUCCGCUCUCGUCGCUGCCGGAAACCUCGAAAUCCCCAAGAUCGCCGCCGGCGAGACCGUCAAGGUCGGCCUGCCCUCGAGCCUCGCGAAGAUUAAGUCCGACAAGGAGGUCUACAUCACCGUGACCUUCAGUCUCAAGGACUCCACAAACUGGGCCGAGCCCUCGCACGAGAUCGCUUGGAUCCAGCACAAGCUGUCCGGUGUUGCGGCAGCCUCUAAGCUGCUUAACAGCACCCUCACCUCCAAGUUGCAGGUUCAAAAGUCUCGUGCCAAGGCCACCGUCUCAGGCUCCGACUUUGCCAUCACCUUUGAUACCGCCCGCGGAUAUAUCACAUCUUGGACGGCUGCCGGAGUGCCUCUUCUCGUGAAGGACGAAGCCACUGGCGCGGCCAUUAUCCCCAACUUCUGGCGCGCCCCUACCGACAACGACAACCCCAAUGAUGCCCCCUACUGGGUUCGUUUCGGUGUUGACGCUUUUGACAGCUUCCUUCGAUCAUUCAAGAUCAAUGAGUCGACCGAUAAGGUUGAGGUCAUCACAACUACCUACCUCUCCCCUCGCGUCCUCGACUGGGGCUGGGAGACCACCACUACUUACACUAUUGAUGCCACCGGUCGCCUCACCGUCGCCGUUGACCUGAAGCCCCGCGGCAUCAAACCUACCCACAUCCCCCGCGUGGGCCUGAACCUGCGCCUGCACAAGUCGCUCAACAACGUCAAGUACCUCGCUCUCGGCCCCGGCGAGUCCUACCCAGAUAAGAAGUCCAGUCAACAUCUCGGCGUCUUCAGUGCCACCGUGCCGGAGUUGCACCAGCACUACGAGGUACCCCAAGAAGGCGGCAACCAUCUGGAAACCCGCUACGUCAAGCUCACCGAGGACCACGGCCGCGGCCUUCGCGCAACGCCGGCUGACGCUGCUGUCUGGUCUGAGGAGGAGUGGCGCCAGUUCAGCUUCCAGGUCAGUCGCUACACUUCCGAGACGGUGCACAAGGCCGCGCACCCGUGCGAUCUCGUCGAGGAGGAUGCAACGCUUCUGCGUCUUGAUGCCCGUGUUGCUGGUGUUGGUACUGCCGCUUGUGGUCCUAAUGUCAGGGAGGACUUGAAGGUGCAUGUCGGAGAGUUCAAGUUUGGAUUCGUUUUGGAAAGAGUUGGAUUUUAA